UUCAUCGACAAAGCUCACUGCGCACGUUCGCACAUUUGCAAACCGACCAAAAUGGAUCCGUUUUCACCUGAAGUACUGUGGCUGGUGGUUAUUGGGUUUGUCAUAGCGUUUAUUUUGGCAUUCGGUAUCGGUGCAAACGAUGUGGCCAAUUCGUUCGGAACAAGUGUCGGUUCAGGCGUGCUUACGAUACGUCAGGCCUGCUGGCUGGCUACGGUUUGCGAAGUGUCCGGUGCGGUCCUGAUAGGGUAUAAGGUGUCGGACACGAUGCGAAAAGGAAUACUAGAGGUGGAGAUGUAUAAGGGAGCCGAGAUUGAGCUGAUGCUCGGAUGCCUAUCAUCCCUGGCAAGUUCGGCGUUGUGGUUGCUGGUAGCCACGUUCCUGAAGAUGCCCAUCUCCGGCACGCACAGCAUUGUCGGAUCGACGAUCGGCUUCAGUCUGGUGGCACGCGGCUCGCAAGGACUCAAGUGGAACACGCUGUUCACGAUCGUCGGAUCCUGGUUCAUCUCGCCAGUGCUGAGCGGUCUGGUGAGCGUUCUGCUCUUCUGGACGAUCCGCAGUUGCAUCCUGAACGCGAAAAAUCCUCUGCGUGCUGGACUGUUCUCGUUGCCCCUGUUCUACGGCACAACCUUGGCUGUGAAUGUUUUUAGUAUCGUGCACGAUGGACCAAAAUUGCUAUAUAUGGAUAACAUCCCGCUAUGGGUGGCGCUUAUGGUCAGCCUGGGGCUUGGCUGCUUCGUGGCAUUGCUAGUGCAGAUGUUUGUUGUACCGUGGCAAAAGCGCAAGAUUCUGAAUGGUUCGGAUGGUGCCAACAAGACAGAAUUUACGCUCGGAGACUCCGACGGAGACUCAUCGUCCAAUGGUAGCCCUCGCCGUGCUAAGCGCCCCCUGUCGCUGGUCGCGGCCGAUGGAAAAUCACUGCCGGCCAUCACCGAAACGACCGAGCUUGUGUCGCUGUCCUCGCAGCACCAACAGCAGGCACCCCAGAACGGUUUGGUGAAGAAACUCUCCCAAGAGCUGUCACCUGGCGUUGGCAUUGGCGGUCCGUACAGCUUCAAUCCUGAGAUUAUGAAGAAGGCUAACAGUCUGCUUGGUCCCCACGAUAAGACCAGCCUUGACAACACGGAUCUGACGGUGACAAGCCUGAAUUUCAUCGAUGAAUUCCAGUCGCACCACGGUAAUGGACGUUUCCAUCUCGGCACGUACUUUGACCGUCGAAACAGUGCCAACAUAUCUCCGAAGUCGCCCGAUUCUGGACAUCUAAGCAAUGGAGGAAUCAAGGAGCAACCGAACGUGAUCGCACUGCAGAACGGAAAAUCUCCAACCAGUCCAAAGAGCGAUACCACUAUUCCGAUCACUGACUACACCCUGAUGCCUCAGAAUGUGCUGCUGAGCGGUGCAGACCAUGACAUCAAAAAGACGGACAUGUGCAAGAUCGAAACCGCAGCGGGCUUGGAGCAUCCGCUCAUCAGUGCAACGCUGUCGCCGAAUUCAAGCAAAGUACCAUUGAUCGGUGCUAAGGAAGGCUCGGAAGAGGAUAAUCGCCGGCAAAAAACGACGGAAGAGAACGAAGACGUUUCGGCUUUGUUUUCCUUCCUGCAGGUGCUCACGGCGACGUUCGGCAGUUUCGCGCACGGUGGCAACGAUGUCAGCAAUGCCAUCGGACCCCUGAUCGCGCUCUUCAUGAUCUAUCGCGAGGGUUCGGUAAUGCAAAAAUCUGAGACGCCAUUGUUAAUUCUGUUGUACGGUGGACUGGGCAUUUCCGUCGGUUUGUGGUUGUGGGGUCGUCGAGUGAUCGAAACCAUCGGUAACGAUCUUACGAAAAUCACUCCAUCAACUGGCUUUACCAUCGAAAUCGGUGCUGCGCUAACCGUGCUAAUUGCAUCUAAGAUUGGCCUGCCCAUCUCGACGACGCACUGUAAGGUCGGUUCGGUUGUGUUUGUCGGUCAGGCAAAUGCUAGGCCAGCGUCUGGUGGUAGCAGUAAACACGCGCAUCAUGCCGUGACCGCGCAGCAGAAGGCCGUCGAUUGGGGCUUGUUCCGCAACAUCGUGUAUGCCUGGGUCAUCACCGUUCCGAUAGCGGCACUACUAAGCGCCGGCUUUAUGAUGGCACUUCGUGCGAUAGUGUUACCCUAA